GUCGGCGAGCGACCUUGGAAGCGCACGGGGCCCUCUGGUCGACGUCCAGGAUGCACCGGCCGGUGUCUGCGCAGACCCGAAACGAGAACGUGAUGAAGCUGGCUGCGGGUCGGCAGCUCCACACCACCGAGGAUCCCGUGGAGAAGCUGAGGCUGCUCUGCCUGCAGCGGGGCUCCGCAGGCAUCCUGGGCCUCGGCAGGGUCUUCCGGCGCAUGGACGACAACGGGAGCGGCGACUUGUCGCGCGAGGAGUUCGUCAAGGGCCUCGACGACUCUGGAAUGUCGCCCUUCCUGGAAGGAGAGGACUACGACAAGCUCUUCGACCGCUUCGACGCUGACGGCUCGGGGACCAUCAAGUUCGACGAAUUCAUGCGUGCCAUCAGGCCUCGGAUGACGCCGUCGAGGCUGGCCCUGGUGGAGAAGGCCUUCGCCAAGCUGGACCGGUCGGGCGACGGCCAGGUGACCUACGAGGACAUGCAGGGCGUGUACAGCGUGCGCAACCAUCCGGACUACCUGAACGGGGAGAAGACCGAGAAGGAGCUCCUCACCAAGUUCCUGGCCAGCUUCGAGCAGGGCGGGGUCGUCGACGGAGCCGUGACCAAGGACGAGUUCAUCGACUACUACGCGGGGGUGAGCGCCUCCAUCGACGAGGACGCCUACUUCGACCUCAUGAUGAGGACCUGCUGGAAGCUCUAGCCGUCCCUGCUGCACCACCAUCGAUGUCUGCAACCGAUCGAACUACGCGAACUUCCCAACGGCCGCCCCCCUCACUCCCUCUCCCUAAGGGGGGGACGUCCUGUACCCUAUCAACGAAUCAACAACGACGCGCGAUUUAACCGAGCCAAUAAAUGUUCCUGGUCUAC